AGUGGUUCACUCAACCUCAACCGGUACCCGUAUGUUUAGUUUCAGUUGAUGUCAGUUUUUGGUUCGGUGUUAACGCAUCCUCCGACAAUUGAUUAAUUCCACGAUACAUUACAUCCACGGAUAUUGAUAACUGCGAUAUGUUAUAUUGCAGUCGCGUGUGCUAGUGCUGGUGAUUAAAAUAAUAGUUAAAAAAUGUUUAAAAGACAGAAACCGAAAAGUAGUUGUCCUACUGCCCAAAACGGCGAAUCUCAACUCUCCCAAAUGGAGAAUAAUGUUCCCGUCAAUCCAGUGUCCAAAAACAAUUUGCAAUUUUAUUGUCAGUUGGCUCACGGUAGUCCGACAGCUUUUGUAUCCGGAUUUUCUAAUGUUAAGGAGUUAUACGACAAAAUUGGAGAAUGUUUUGAUAUACCACCUUCAGAGAUACUAUUUUGUACACUAAAUACAUACAAAGUGGAUAUGAAAAAACUUUUGGGUGGCCAAAUAGGGUUAGAAGACUUUAUAUUUGCACAUAGGAAAGGUCGACCCAAAGAAGUGGAAUUAACGAAAUCGGAAGACGCUUUAGGACUUACAAUUACGGACAACGGAGCCGGAUAUGCAUUUAUAAAACGAAUAAAAGACGGAUCCGUCGUAUCUAAUAUUCCCCAUAUACAGGUAGGGGACCACAUAGAAAAAUUAGAUGGUGAAAAUAUGAUUGGGAAGCGCCAUUUCGAAGUAGCAAAAGCUCUAAAAGAAAUUCCAAAAGGAGCCACGUUUACAAUUCGACUGGUUGAAUCAAUGAAAAGUGGAUUCACGAAUAUAGCUCCAAAAAUGGGUAAAGUCAAUGGAAAUAAGAAAGGAUAUGGAAGUGGCAAAGAAACUUUAAGGUUCAAAGCAGGUGGUAAAGCAGAAAUACAAGAACAGGAUUGUGUGAUGGACGCAGGAGUUGAAAAAAUUAAUAACAUUCUAGAAUCAUUCAUGGGUAUCAACGAUUCUGAGUUGGCAACGCAAAUUUGGGAACUAUCAGUAGGCAAACAAAAUUCAAUGGAUUUUGCCGAAUCGAUUGAUGACUCAGACCUUGCUGCAUUCGAAUUCACUGAUGAAAUUAUCAUAGAGCUUUGGGGAGCAAUCACUGAUGCAAGACAUGGAAGAUUGAAGUGAGACAUGUGCCAGGAACAAUAUUUGUACUGCAAUUCGAAAAGUAUCAUAAUUUAGAUUAGUCAACAAACGAAUUAAUUAAUGCUUUUUAUUGUUGAUUGUUGACAUGUACCUAAAUAAUUAUUUAACUUGUUGAAACAGUAUACAUUUAAAUAUUUUUGAUUAUGUUCGACCAACCCUGAGCAAUAACGAAAUUUUGGAAGUAAAAUUAAUAUAUUGUAAGUCGCUUUCAAUUUUGGGGUAAAAAAAAUCAUUUUCUAAAUAAACGAUACUACAAUGGAACUGUACUGGUAAGGUGUGGCGUGAAUGAUUAAAUGAAAAACUGGAAAAUACAUUUCGGAAUCCUAAAACUAUUCAUUAAUAAAAAUUAAAUGUUACUCAUAAUAUUUAGAUAUACGAUGCCAAUUCAUUUCCGAGAAGUUAUCAAUAAAAAACAAGUGAAUAAAGUUUCACACAGACUUUUAUUAUCCACCUCUAUUCAAAGCAUCCUUGGCAAUCGUCUGAACUUAAUUCGUUCAAAACCAUGAUUACUGGUUCUUUGAUCUCCUCUACACCAUUGUGAUAAAGCCUUCUUUGAAGUGUGAUUUCAUCUUGGUAAAUAAAACAAGUCGUAGGGGGCAAUAACGAGACUAUUGGGUGAUUGCCGCAUCAUUGGAGAGCUUUUUACUUUAAACUCUUGUAUAUUCAAUGAGGAAGAGGCUGGUUCAGAACGAACACGGCAAACGCGUGUUUGAUUCCUUUUAUAACAUUUUACGGACGAUUUCUUUAUAUUUAACUCUUCAGCUGCACGAAUGGUUGAGUACCAGCCAGAUGUGAACAUCGCGCCUAAAAGUUCGACAAUCGCAUAGUUACGAGUGGUAACGCGAGCUUAUUCACGUGGAUCGUUUUGUACUAAUUAACGUUCCUCUUGGAAAUGAUUUACCCAUUCCGACUACAUGUUUUUGACAUUUAUCAAGGAUUUCUGAGUGUUUUUUGGCACUAAAAAUUGAAUACGAGUCGCUCAUUUUUACAACACUAAAACAGUUUUGUAAAAAAAUACACACAAAAAUCAAACAAUAGUUUCAGGAUUGUUGGCGGUCAGGGACCAUUGCGCACUUAGGCCUUCUAAUAGACCCGUCGUGCCCCGCUUGGAACUACCAAUGUCCUUUGAAAAGUUAAUUAGAAACACAAACCAAACGUGUUUCACUUGCAAGUAAAACUGAAAGAGAGUCUUUUUUCUGAGCAGAUAUAGGAACUUAAACCCUAUUAAUCCCUAACGUAACCUAUGUAUAAAAUACUUUAUGAUUAUUUACAAUAGCUCAAAUACAAGUUUUUUUACCGCAUAGUCGGUCAUUACUCGUUGACCAUCAACUAAACUUAACAAUACAAUUUUCAAUAUUCCGUCUAAACAAAUUUAAACAAAAGUUAUUUCACAAUAUACUCGUAGUAAACCAGGAAAUUGGUUAAUUAAAUCAUUCAAAUUUUAUUCGAUAACAAUGUAGAAGGUCGAUUUAAAUGACAAAAACUGUGAAAAAGUCUUUUGUGUCUGUGAUUAGUGGAUUAUGUUAUUUCUCAGAUCAUGACACAUCAGUAGAUAAGCUUCCGAUCCUACAAAGAAAACCAAUUUGUCUGUCCGAAAAUUCCCCAUCAGUAUUCUAGCGCUUUCAUUUAAGACCAAUUUAUCUUCUCAUUUGGACUAAAUAUAUUUUGCUAAAAUUUGUUAUAGGACACAAAUGGAUAAAAAUCUCUAGAGGAUAAAGUGGCAAUAUGAAAUGUAACUUUGUGAUUAACAUGAUACAAUCUGACCACUAUUGACUUGCUUUUUACUAAAAGAUUCUGUAACUAAUUACCCCAUGCAACUCGAAAUACGAAAGCCAUAUUAUUGCAAGCACUCUGUUCUACUCAGCUGACAUUAAAAUCAUUAAAAAUGCUACUAUUCGAAAAUAAGCAGUAUACAUUUUUCAAAAUACGUAGAAUAAAUAUUAUAAAAAGAAAACAUUGUUCCAAAUGUUUGUUGACUAAACUAAUAGUUGUUUUAAUAUUAGUAAUUAGGAAUUACAUUGUGAAGAUUUAAUGAAUGUUAUAUGUAAUUAAUAAAGAGUUUAAAAUUUUA